AUGAUGGUCCCGAGAGCGUUUCUCUUUACCUCCGCGCCACCCCAGCAGAAAGCGAUGCAGCCUUAUGGCCUGAAAGACCGCCCUUCCUCUUUAGCCUUUGAUCGCCCCGGCCGUCUUCCUACCAAACAUGUGGAGAUGACCGGUUCGACCAUGACCACCCCGGUAGUAAUCCCACCAAAACGUGGCUCACGUACCCCGGUGCACCGAGAAGCGCGAAUCCGUACCCCUUCCAAACCGUCGGCCUCGUCUCGCAGAUCCUCCUCCUCCUCUUCCAAUGACCGUCCUUUACCGCCGUCAGUUGCCUCCAUGUUGGAUGCAACGGCAAUUCCUGUGCCACACCGGUCGUGGUCCACCCGGAGGCCUCGGAAACUCCCGCGAGGAAACCAUGUGGAAGAGUUUAGCCGGAUGAUGCAGGAAGGACUCAAGUCCAAGGAAGAUUACCUGAUGGAUGGGACGGGCAACUCACCUUUGGACAUCUUGUUGAGCCCACCGGAUGAAGAGAACGAGAAGUAUUCAACCGGCGCCGAGUCGGAGAUGGAAUCCCCGUUCUCUGUGCGCUCCGUAUCAAGCGACUCGAUGCCAUCUUUGGAGCCCGAUAUGGGCUCUCCUCUUAGCUCACCUCAACCGCCAACACCCGGCAGCCACAAGAGUCCCUCCGAGAGACGGCCGUUGCGAUAUUCCCCUGCCGAAGACUGCGGUCUUGAUCACCCUCUACUUGAAACAAAUAUGGAUGACUGUGAGAUUGUGGUGUUUGAGAGUCAUCAUGAACCGAUUGUGAAUGAUACAGUUUCGUCAAAGCGCACUGCAUCCUCUCGAUCAUUCCCUAGUUUGAGAUCUUCCUUCAAGUCGAAUCUUACAGCGUCUCUACGAGCCAUCAAAUCUGCCGCGCAGUCGGUUUCAACCUUUACGACGCCGUCUGUCCAACCAGAAGACUUCCUUACACGGUCUUUGUUCACCAUCACUCCGGAAAUGACCGAUGACCGCCGUCCACCGCCCAUGCAAGAGCCGCCAUCUCCAGCUCUGCGACGGUACUUAAACCCCACCCCUAUCUCUCCUGCCGAGAUGUGCGUCUAUCACGACCAUCCUCACGACAAGUCCGACCCAAAUAGUACCUGUGCUGUCUCUAUUCAAAUGCAAACCUAUCGUCGUUCUCGAGGCCGAGGCAACCGGCGCAGCCAUUUCCAUGUCGUUGCACCCAAGAACCGUGAUCAGUAUCAUACGUUCGAUCCGGAGGUCCCACCGAUGUCACGUCAGCGUGAACCCCGCGAGAACUGCGAUUUCCUUCGUAUGGUUGUUCUUGAAAUGAACAUGCGUCGCAGUGGCAAGCUUCGCGAGGACAUUCCCACACGGGCGCGCAUCAUGCUCCCACCUCGCAAGAGCAAUCCCUACCGCUUGUCUGGGGACUACGAAGAUGGCGACGAUAACGCCGUGCCAGCCCGGUGGGUAGGCAUCUCGGCUUGA